ACACGCGCUUCAACUUCGGUUGGUGUGUGUCGAAGAAACCUGACUACGACCUGAAGAGACCAGCGGAGACGGACCACCGAACCUCCAGGAAGGUCCGCUGAGCGGGCUCGCGUCCGGAGCCACUCCGGGCUGCCGAGCACCCAGCGGCGCCCACGCCUGGCACAGGUGUGGGACCCCGUCUUUCCAGCCUUCGCAGAGGAGUCCUCGCGUGGUGAGUAUGCGAAACAAAAGGCUUCUGAAAACCAGAAGGCGAAAAGGUGGACGUGGAGGCCAGGACACCGGCCUCCAUUCCCACAGGAGUGAAGCUACUACGCCCGGGAGGUCUCCUCCCACCUCAACCAUCACCCUGGGGCCCGACUGCCCACCUCCUCCGCCUCCUCCUCCCCCCAACGAUCCUUCCUCCCCCUCCAACUCCCCCUGCAGCAGCCAGAGGGGCCAGUACAACCCCAACCUGGGAGAAGGCCGGCGGGAGGAUCUCUCGGAAGAGAUCAACAACCUCAGAGAGAAGGUCAUGAAGCAGUCCGAGGAGAACAACAACCUGCAGAACCAGGUGCAGAAACUCACCGAGGAGAACACCACCCUCCGUGAGCAAGUGGAGCCCGCCCCCGAGGAGGAAGAGGACGACAUCGAGCUCUGCGGGGCCGCCGCCGCCGCCGCCCCAGCCACCCCAAUCGAGGAGGAGUGCCCAGAAGACCUCCCCGAGAAGUUCGACGGCAACCCAGACAUGCUGCUUCCCUUCAUAUCCCAGUGCCAGCUCUUCAUGGAGAAGAGCACCCGCGAUUUCUCCCUCGAUCGCGUGCGCGUCUGCUUCGUGACCAGCAUGAUGACUGGCCGCGCUGCGCGCUGGGCCUCGGCCAAGCUGGAGCGUUCCCACUACCUGAUGCACAACUACGCAGCCUUCAUGACCGAAAUGAAGCAUGUCUUUGAAGACCCCCAGCGGCGCGAGGCCGCCAAACGCAAGAUCAGACGUCUGCGCCAGGGCAUGGGGUCGGUGGUCGACUACUCUAAUGCUUUCCAGAUGAUCGCGCAGGACCUGGAUUGGAACGAGCCCGCCCUGAUCGACCAGUACCAUGAGGGCCUCAGCGACCACAUCCAGGCAGAGCUGGCGCACCUUGAAGUGGCCAAGUCGCUGUCCGCGCUCAUCGGCCAGUGCAUCCACAUCGAGAGAAGACUGGCCCGGGCAGCCGCCGCCCGCAAGCCGCGCUCCCCGCCACGCGCGCUGGUGGCGCCGCAUGUCAACAAUCACCACCACCACCAGGUAGACCCGACCGAGCCCGUGGGGGGCGCCCGCAUGCGCCUGACGCAGGAAGAGAAAGAGAGACGCCGCAAGCUGAACCUGUGCCUCUACUGUGGGAAUGGAGGCCACUACGCUGACAACUGUCCUGCCAAGGCCUCGAAGGCUUCGCGCGGGAAACUCCCCGGCCCCGCUGUAGAGGGACCUUCAGCGACCGGGCCGGAAUUAAUAAGGUCCCCCCAAGAUGAUGCUGCAUCAUCUCCACACUUGCAAGUGAUGCUCCAGAUUCAUCUCCCGGGCCGACACAGCCUGUUCGUCCGAGCCAUGAUCGAUUCUGGCGCUUCUGGCAAUUUCAUUGAUCACGAGUACGUGGCCCAGAACGGCAUUCCUCUGAGAAUCAAGGACUGGCCCAUACUUGUAGAAGCAAUUGAUGGACGCCCCAUAGCAUCGGGCCCAGUGGUCCAUGAAACACACGACCUGAUCGUUGACUUGGGAGAUCACCGCGAGGUGCUGUCGUUCGAUGUGACUCAGUCUCCGUUCUUCCCCAUCGUCCUGGGGGUGCGCUGGCUGAGCACACACGAUCCCAACAUCACGUGGAGCACCCGAUCGAUCGUCUUUGAUUCCGAAUAUUGCAGAUACCACUGCCGGAUGUAUUCUCCAAUACCACCACCUCUCCCACCACCAGCACAACCGGCGUUCUAUUACCCGGUAGAGGGGUACAGAGUUUAUCAGCCUGUGAGAUACUACUACGUGCAGAAUGUGUACACCCCAGUGGAUGAGAACGUCUACCCAGACCACCGUCUGGUGGACCCAAACAUAGAAAUGAUCCCCGGAGCACACAGUAUUCCCAGCGGACAUGUCUACUCACUGUCCGAAUCUGAAAUGGCAGCCCUGCGCGAUUUCGUCGCCAGACACGUGAAGGAUGGGCUGAUCACUCCCACCAUCGCGCCGAACGGAGCCCAAGUUCUCCAAGUGAAGAGAGGGUGGAAGCUGCAAGUUUCUUAUGACUGCCGGGGUCCCAACGGUGUCACCAUCCAGAAUCAAUAUCCUCGACUCACAAUUCCAAAUUUAGAUGACCAAGCUCACCUGGCGACCUACACUGAAUACGUACCUCAAAUUCCAGGAUAUCCGACCUACCCCGCCUACGCCGCGUACCCGACCUACACGGUAGGAUUCGCCUGGUACCCCGUGGGGCGAGAUGGACACGGGCGAUCCCUCUAUGUCCCCGUGAUGAUCACCUGGAAUCCUCAUUGGUACCGCCAGCCGCCAGUGCCCCAGUACCCCCCGCCGCAGCCGCCGCCGCCGCCCCCGCCGCCGCCCCCGCCGCCGUCUUACAGCGCCCUGUGAAUAGGUAUCCAGCCCUUCAGGAUCUCCAGCCUCAAAAUGAACUGUUCAGCGUCGCUGACUGUGACUGUGUGCUACAUCGGGCCACUGCGCCUUCAGACCAACCUGAGCACAGGCUCUCCUCUGAAAUGGUUACAGAAGGCCAGGGCCACCCUGGACUGACACCCAUCUCAAAGCACCCGCUGACCUCCAGUGUUUGGUGGGAGCAACAAAAUAUUUACCAACAAAUUAUCUCUGGUUUUCCACCUUAACUGCCAACCUAGUUAAAAUCUGUCACAAGUUUACUUCCCAGCAAUCCCUGGAGACCUGGGUUUUACCUGCAGAAACCUCCUGCACCAUCUGAAUGAUGGGCUCUCAGUUUCCUCGUUAAACAGUUAUUGAGAAGCUGAUGCAAACACAGGAAAUGCUGUUUUCUUCACUGAGGGGGAGGCGAGGAGGAGGAGGACCUGACUUUCCCUGCAGUUGAGGUACCUACAGCCUUGGAGGAGGGAGGCCUUAUUAGGAAGCCAGUUACUGGUGCAUUGCCAAUGGCUUCCGUGAUCUUCUGGCUGCACCCUUUGAAACUUCACCAUCUCCAAACUCCAUUUUCAUGACUGAAAGAGUAGCAACUUGACCAGUUCUCCCGGGAGCAGGCAAAACCCCUUCAACGGAACACCUCAGGCCUCAGGAGGAAGUGUUCUCAGAGAGACGUGUGCAUGUUUGAGUGUGCCUUCACAUCCUGGUGCAAAUCACAUGUACCCAAUAACUCUGACUUUGUCACAACACCUUACCAUCACCAUGCCAGCAAUGGCUUCCACACAAAACAAAAAGCCUGGUAACCAGAGACUGUUGGUGGCUCCAGGUGGUUAGAUAUUUGUGAAAUGUCAUGUGUGAGGGCUAACGAGUAGCUUAUGAGGACUCCUGAAUCCCUGUACCCAACUCUUAAAGGAGAGACUCAGUUAAUGGUACCACCUUGACCUGGAACUUCAGAAAGAAUUUUCACGAGCAUUGUUCACUGCCUGGAAGGGUGUCACCUGAAGUCUUGGGAGCAUCUGUCCUUGUCUCUGCCUCCAUAUGCACCUGGGCAUUUCAUUUUCAGUCCCCUCACUAGACUAUAGCACUAGGAUGCUUGGCGGGGGGGAGUGUAUUUUAGCAUCCUCUAGGGGAUGGAGCCGAUAAGCUGCCAAUGAACGAAAGGCCUCAGAAAGCAACCCCAAGCAACAGACACCACGAGGGUUGUCUUCAAUCUGGUGACAUCAGCUGGUGUCUCCUGGAUGCUUUGUGCUAACCCGGGACUGCCUGACUUCCUUUAGCCUGGUCCCUUGCUACCGCCUUGAACUGAUUACCUAAUCUCUGUCUCUUGUUUACUACUGCCACUUACCCUGCUGUGGGAUUUGACAUCCUGCCUGCCUGGUUGCUGAGACUCCAUUUUGCCGCCUUGGCACGGAGAAGAAAAAGAGGCAGGCUCCUGGGAGCUUGUGUUUCAACACACAGUCUCCAACAGUCUGAGCAGUAGAAAACAAUAUGGUGUAUAUUUCAAAUAGCCUGUCAUGAAGAGGAGUCCAGUGGUGAAGUUUCACUUUGCAUCAGCAUCACCCUUCAUAUAUUCAUUAUCACCCUUACCCUUGCAUGUUUAAAUACUUAAAAGUUUUAGCUGUAGGUUGAUAGUAUUCUUUAAUAGUGUUUUAAAGUAGUGACUCUGCUUUCAAAGUUAUUUCCAUUGAAUCACUAUCCAACUCUUAUUAAAUCAAUUAAAAUUGAUACAUAAGGUAGUGUAAAAUAGUUCUUUACUGUGAACUUCUCUUACAACACUGUGAAUAAGAGGCUCCUCAGACUGGAGUACUUGUAUAAUAGUUCAUCCUGUUCAUCUUCAAACUUCUAUUUUAACAUCAUCUAUAGUUUAAAAUUUUUUUUGAUUGGGCCUUUAAAAAUCAAACAAAAUGAUACACAAAUUCAAAGGAAAUACCUAAUUGCCUAAUUGACUAUUUAAUCCAAAACAACUUUUCCUUUUUUUUUUUUCAAUGGAAUCUGAAAGCUUGUCAGUCACUCAUGUGUUUUAGGUUAAUUUCUUUUUAAAUGGUGCAUUUGUGCUUCUGGACUUUUUGAAGCAUCACGUCAGUUUACCUCAAUCAAUCAAUCCAUCCUCCAUACAUUUGAAUUCAAGUUGCUUUGUGUCAAAUUUACAGUUGUCAAUUGAUCUUCAAGCUGCAGAAGGCCUAGAAAUGGGCUACUGUCUGCAGCCCCAGCAUGUGCACACGGACAUUGCCAUCACUGCAAGCGGAAGUCUGGAGAUGUGACAACAACUAUCAUGAGGGAGAAUGGUGGUGUGGGUUAACAACUCACAGAGGAAAUCCCUGACACACCUCUGGCUGUUUUGGUAGAGCUUGUGAAAAUCUGUUUGGCAGUGUGUACUAUGCACUAUAGCUAUAUAUAUUAUCUAUAUGCUUAGGUAGAUGUUCAAGAUAAGUAAUCUCAAACUUAUUCUAUAGAAUUAGAAUUUUAUUAAGUUUCCUUUAGCUCAUGUGUUUUCAUCAAUUUUGUUUUAAUUGAAUACUUUAAAAGUUUUUGGCAUUUUCCAACAAGAUGCCUUUAUUCGUAAGAAAGGAGAAAGCAAAUUGAUCUCUAAAGAAUAUGGAAAGGGAGCAAAAUAAAGACAAAGAUGAGAAAUAAAACAUCAAAAUUAUUAGCAAAGCCAAGUCUGCCUUUUGAAACAAUGACAAAAUUGAUUGACUUUUGGCCCAAAUUUUCAGUGUUAGUUAAAAAAAAUGAAGAAAGAAGAUAUAAGCUCCCAUUGUUAGGCAGACCUGGAGAAAACUAGCUAAGGUCACCAUGCUAGGUUGUUGAAAUGGAGGAAGUUUAGGUACAUUUCUGAAGGGUCAAUUUAGUUUGAGCAAUGAGGUACUUGUAUUAGAUCCUGGAAAAUGGAGAGUUAGUUGGAAUAAAUCAUGUGAGUUGGCACAGUGAACUUCAGGUGGACAAAAUAAGAGGGGCACGCCUACACAGUGCAGUCAGGAUUUCUGCUUAAGUUCGCAGGUACCUUUUGGGCUCCUGAAUUGAUCCAGUCAUCAUCCACCACAGACAUCUAACAUCAGAGUUCCAAGAUUGGCAACAGAGAACACUCUGCUAGAAAGACCUGGGCAGAAAGGAAGAGAACCGCCUGCAGAGAUGAAGAGUCUGAUGGGAGCCAUGCCACGCUCUCAUCUUAAAGAAAGAAGGCGCGUCAGUUGGGAUUGAGAGUUCUUUGUUGUUUCAGAUUGUAGAAUGCUAUCAAAUUGGUCUGUGGAAACUUUUCUUGUUUUUAUUUCUUUGUGUAACGAUUUAACUGGGGAUAUAUAUAAUCAUAAGUAUUUUAGGGGGGGCUAUUAAGUAAUCAUAAGUGGGUGGGAUUAGUUAAAAAGCAUGAUACUCUGUUAUUAGAUACCUCUAUAAGUAAACAUGUGCACCUCCUUGUGAUUCUUUACCCUAUGAUUGCUACCCCUAAAGAUUUCAGAUAAACUUGAAGGGAACUGCAGGGAGAUCAACCUUUUUGGGGCUGUUGGACACGGAUAGAAACUAGUGGGAGAAAGUUCAGGGAUGAUUGGAUAAAUAAUCUAAUAGAGGCUCUUGGCCCUGAGUAUUAACUCUGGGGAUUGAGAUUGUAAGCAGUCUUUAGAGAGUUAAGAUAGAUAGAUGCCCUUUGAGAAAUGGUUGCUGGAGUGAUAUUGAUAAUGAUAGAUGGUAAAGAUUCAUGGAAGUUACAGAAAAGUGGUAAGAACCGUUGCUUAUGCCCCUGUCAGUGGCCCUUCUCCUUACCCCUGCCCCUUCCUCCUAACGCUGCACUUCCACCUGCCCGCGCACCACCUCCCUACCCUUCCCCACUUACUGCUAUUUACUCUGUAUCUCGCUCUAUUUACUAAUGUAUCAACUUAUGUUAUAAUAAAAAUUCAAUAAAGAUUUAGUGGUUAAGUGCAAA